AUGAUAAGCUUGCGUGUACCCAUUCCAGCCAAUCUUGUUCCUAUCGGACCUCACAAACGGCCAUCACCCACACCGUCAAUCAAGCGCGGCAAGGCGGAGAAGCUUCUCAAAGAGCACGGCAGCCCACCUGGUAUACGAGUCACUGCAGGCGGCCGUAUAGUUCCUAGCGACCUUCCACCGCUCGGCACGUCCCGAUACGGAGACGCUACUUACAGACCACCACAACCAUCACUGCGCGUCGCACCAGGCAACGUCAUGCAAGCACCAACUCACCAGAACCCCAACAACACCGCUCGCAUUGAAGUCGUCGGAGGCCAACCUGUCAUCUUCGUUGGCGAUCGCAUGUUUGCACUGCCAGCAGUCAACGCAACCAAUCCUACGGUACCUCCCGUCGGCCCCGCUACUAUGGAUCCCAUAGGCAAGCAGAUGCCGGAUCUGUCUACCAUGACCACUCAUGGAGCCCCAUCGGGAGCCGCGUUCGGGCCAUCGCGCUCCAACACCCAUACACCGUUUGUUGGCUUGGACCUCGCGACUCUCAAGACGCAACAAGCUCUCAAGAAGCAGGAGCUCCGCACGGUAGAGCAGACUGAGGUACUGCAAGCAGGCCAGCAGAGCGAGACAUGGCGUGCGGGUAUGAUCGAGAAGAAGCGGUGCCUCAUCGUCGAGCUCGACGCACUUCGAAAGCAGAUAACGGCGGUCGAGUCAGACAACAGCACCACUCAACAUGGCGCCUUCUCCGGCGCGAAUGCAGACCCAAGAGCCAUGCCGCCUUUCGGACCGCAAUUUCAGCAACCAUUUGCUCCUCCCAUGUACCCCUUCGCGGCGCCGUAUCCGCCCAUGCCGGUUUAUCAACCCCAACCUCAGCCUUUUGGCCCGCUGUCCGCCUGCUCUGCGGAGCCACCACCUUUUGUUCCGGCCGCGACAAACCCGCCUCAUUCCCCUCCAGGAUCCGCCAGCCGCCGCUCUCGAGCUAUUGAAAUCAAGCCACCACCUCCCGAGGAAGUCAAGAAGGGAUCUGCUCUAAACCCGAAGAGCCCUACAUACGAGCCUGUCAUAAAGACUAGUACCACCCAAGGCACUGUUCCGCCCACUCCGUCACCAGAGAAGCGCUCUCCUUGGCGAGGACAGCAAAUGCCAGUGGCUGGUAAGCAUGAUCGCCGGAUGUCUUCGCAGAAGCAUAGUCUGUCUAGCGUUGACACCAUGGACUUCUUCCCUAUAAAUACGCAUGAGCAUUCCUCAACACGAGUAGCGCCACAGAUCAAGGAGACUGAGCAGUCAUCCAAUGAGAACACUGCAGUACCAUCUACACCCGAGAAACACUGGCCAGCUAGUCCAUGGAACGAGGGCGAUUCUGGCCGCUCUAGGACUAAUGAUCCUGCACCCAAGCUCACCUCGUGGCCUGAGGCAUUUGGUAAACAACCUUCUCUGCCUUCCAUACGUCAAGGCCUUUCGGAGCAACCUCAAUCCACUAUGAUAGACCACGCUCCUACAAUGGGCCCUAACAUGUCACUCUCCGCUUCUAGCAGCAACAUGGCGCCGCGAACCAGCUCCAGUCAACGCACCGGCACCGACGAGAAUUGGCCCUUCAACGGCAAGCCUGUAACACAUGUUCCGUCUACAUACCAGGAAGGCUACCAGGCCGGCUACGACCACGUUGGCAUUCCUGACAGUCCCGAGGUUCUACAAGGCUACAUCCAGGGUCUUCUGCACUUCCUCACAGACGAGUCGAAGAAGCGUCAAGCUGAGUAUCGACGUGGUACUGACUCCAGGACGCCUUCGCUUCGAGGGCUUGUUGCCGGGUCCCUACCUCACGACUCUGCUGUCGAGAUGACUUUCAACCACAACGCAAGCGGAGCCCAGGAGAACGUUCGAUCAGCGAAGGGUAGUAUCCCAGAUGAUAUGCGCCGCGACUCAGGGUAUGGCCAACAAGGAAAUGUUAAGGAUGUUCCCGUUCAGUACAUGGUUCGUAACGAAGCCAUGCAAAUUCCCAAUCGUGUCGCCUCUGCCGCGCAGUAUCUGAACCCUCCAGUCAUGUUUCCUCAGAGGAUGACGUCUGGAUAUCGACAAGUAUUCCCAAGCGUCGAGGAUGAUGCGAGCCGGGGCAUGCAGGACAAGGGUAUCGCGUCCCGGGUAGACACCAUGCCAAACGGCGGCAUGUCCAACCAGUCUUUCGGCAAUCAGAUCCAGAAUCGAAGCUACAGUACCGCGCUCAGCAUGCAACGCUUCUACCCGACGCCGAAGGAGUUGAGCCCAAGCGAGAUUGGUGGCUACGGCGCGCCUGCUCCUCGACACUUUACCAAUCAGCGCUUGUCGGGGCUCGAUGGCGCCAUGGACGACUUGUCGGAGAUGAUCAACGAUACGCACCUUGAGGAGCGUCGUUCGUCUGUUGCGGUAGACAGCCGCUCUACCGAAGCACCCAUGUCUGUGGAGUACGAGGAGAGCAACGCAAGCUGCUUCGGGGUAUCCAGCAGCAAAGGCAAGCAGAAGGCGCCAUCUUCUCCCGCGAAAGCAUCAGAUGUCGAGCGUGGCACCGCAGCAUCUUCACCUGCCAAUCCACCGAGCUCCCCCAAGAAGUCCGGAGAGCAUUCGCCUGCAAAGGCCAAGCUCGAGCAGGUGACGAACAAGUUCCGGCGCAGCAAGAAGGACGACCCUCGAACCAUGUCUCCCGACGAGAGGCAGAAACGUUCAGACAAGUGGCGACAGCGCUUUCAGCAACUCAAGAGGACCGAGAUCGAUGAGAUAGAGGCGCAUCGUAGGAACUCGCGCACCUGA